AUGUCAAGCACUCCCGAUAGCCAAUAUGUUUACUAUAAACAGCGUCGUGAAUUCGGUCAACAGUUAUUUGCUUUCACCGAAAAAGAUGAAAUUAUGGUGUCAAUUCCGCCCGAUGAAGAGAUUGCCAAACAGUAUAAAUUGCGUGACCCAGUUUCGCGCGGCACUCAAUUUGCCAAACAAAUGAGUUGUAGUGAAGUGAACACAGAACGAGCCACAUAUGAAAGUCAUGGAAUUAAUCACACAGAAGGGGGUUGGCCAAAAGAUAUUUGCCUUUCCGAUCCCGAGCAAACAACACGCUAUCGACGAAAAAUUGAAAAAGAUGAAUUGUUUAUUAGUCAAGUGAUGAAUCUGACAAAACCAAUGGAACAUUGCAUUUUUCAAAACAAUGCCAUCAAUAUUUAUGAAACAUUUUUCGAGAAUUGUGAACAGGCACCAUUGCUUGAGCCAUGCUCAUCGCGAACGCUCAAUGUUUAUCGCGAUCCAUGCAAUCCGAAACGACCCGUCACACAUUUAUCAUGGUCGCCCGAUGGCGGCACAAAACUUGCCAUCGCACACGCUGACACCACAUUUCAAACGGACGCAAAUGACAACGCUUGCGAUUCAUUUAUUUGGGAAGUUGAAAAUCCAAACACACCACUUUUGAAUUUGAAACCGCCAAGCCCAAUUAUUUGCUUGGAAUAUAAUCCAAAAGAUGCGACGACUUUGGCGAGUGGAUUUCUUUCGGGGCAAGUAGGUGUUUGGGAUACAAGGGCCGACAAGAGUUUGGUUGCAAUUAGCGAACGAGAAGUGUGCCAUCACGAGGCUGUCAACUCGGUUUUGUGGAUAAAUUCCAAAACGGGAACCGAAUUUUUCUCCGGAUCGUUUGACGGACGCGUUAUUUGGUGGGAUACGAGAAAAUUAAAUGAACCAUUGGAAAAACUACUAAUGGAUCCGAUCAAAACUGAUGAACAGGUAGCAUCACGGUCAUAUGGUGUAACCGUUUUAGAAUAUGAGACUACAAUGCCCACGAAAUUUAUGUGCGGCACUGACGUUGGAAUGGUUUUUGUAUGUAAUCGCAAAGGAAAAUCACCGAUGGAAAAAAUCAAUUUUCGGAUAAAUACUCAUUUGGGUCCAGUGUGUUCAAUUGCACGAAAUCCAAGUUUUCUCAAAAAUUUCUUAACCGUUGGCGAUUGGACAGCACGAAUUUGGUCGGAGGAUUGUCGUGAAAGUUCAAUAAUGUGGACAUCAUAUCAACCAGCCCUAUUAACUAAUGGCAUUUGGAGCCCAACAAAGUGUUCAAUGUUUUAUAUCAGUCGAAUGGAUGGCAUUCUUGAUGCUUGGGACUUAUUGCAACAGCACAACGAACCCGUUUUAAGCAUCAAAGUAUGUGAUGAGCCGUUGCUAUGCAUGAAAGCCUUUGAAAAUGGCCGAUUUAUAGCCAGUGGAAGUAAAAACGGUGCAACAUUUCUAAUCGAAGUGUCCGAUAACAUGACAGUAAGCCAAAAGAAUGAUAAGCAGCUGCUAACGAAUAUGUUUGAACGCGAGAACAGAAGAGAAAAGAUUUUGGAGGCGAAAUCCAGAGAAAUCAAAUUGAGAGUGAAAACUGCACAGGUUGCCCACGACGAUAACGGCGAAUCAAAAAUGAAUAAGAGCAGUGCAAUUGAUGCAGCAUGUAAACAGGCCGAAGAAGAAUAUUUGAACGCCGUCAGAAAGGCGAAAGAAAAGUUUUGCCCAAGAAAAUUUAAACACAAAGAAAAUGCCGAUAAAGGCACUAAAGUUGAUGGCGAUCAGAGUUUUUCAGAUGGAGAUUUACCAGAAUCGGAUUAA